CUGGCCCCGCGCUGUCGCCCUGCGCAUGCGCCGCCGCGGACUGGGCUGUUGCUCCCUGACGGGUGGCUGCGGCGGGUCCUCGCCAUGGAGUCUUACGACGUGAUAGCGAACCAGCCCGUCGUGAUAGACAACGGCUCGGGUGUUAUCAAAGCAGGUUUUGCAGGCGAUCAAAUCCCCAAAUACUGCUUUCCAAACUAUGUGGGCAGACCAAAGCACACUCGUGUUAUGGCUGGCGCUUUGGAAGGGGACAUUUUCAUUGGUCCAAAGGCAGAGGAGCACAGAGGUCUCCUCUCCAUCCGAUACCCCAUGGAGCAUGGCAUAGUGAAGGAUUGGAACGACAUGGAGCGCAUUUGGCAGUAUGUGUAUUCAAAGGACCAGCUUCAGACGUUCUCAGAGGAGCAUCCUGUGCUGCUGACAGAAGCACCCCUUAACCCACGCAAGAACAGAGAGCGUGCUGCUGAGGUGUUUUUUGAGACCUUCAAUGUGCCAGCAUUGUUCAUCUCCAUGCAAGCUGUGCUUAGCCUCUACGCAACUGGGAGGACUACGGGAGUGGUGCUGGACUCUGGGGAUGGCGUUACCCAUGCGGUUCCUAUCUAUGAAGGCUUUGCCAUGCCCCACUCCAUCAUGCGGAUUGACAUUGCUGGCCGCGAUGUCUCACGCUUCCUGCGUCUCUAUCUCCGGAAGGAAGGCUAUGACUUCCACACAACCUCUGAAUUUGAGAUUGUCAAGACCAUCAAGGAGCGUGCCUGCUACCUGUCAAUAAACCCCCAGAAGGAUGAGACUCUGGAGACCGAGAAGGCUCAGUACUACCUACCAGAUGGAAGCACUAUUGAGAUUGGUUCUGCCCGUUUUCGAGCCCCGGAGCUGCUGUUCCGGCCAGACCUGAUAGGGGAGGAAUGUGAAGGACUCCACGAAGUGCUCGUUUUUGCCAUUCAGAAAUCAGACAUGGACCUGAGGCGAACGCUAUUCUCCAACAUCGUGCUGUCUGGAGGCUCCACCCUUUUCAAAGGCUUUGGUGACAGGCUUUUGAGCGAAGUGAAGAAGCUAGCUCCGAAGGAUGUCAAAAUAAGGAUAUCAGCUCCUCAGGAGAGAUUGUAUUCCACAUGGAUUGGUGGCUCUAUCCUGGCCUCACUGGACACCUUUAAGAAAAUGUGGGCUUCGAAAAAGGAGUAUGAAGAAGAUGGAGCUCGUGCCAUCCACCGGAAAACCUUCUAGCGCUGGGACAUGCCCUCGGUGUCCGAAGACUCACUUCAGUUCUAAACUCGCUUUUCUGAGUCCGAGUGUGAGAGCUGCCUGUGUGUGUGUGUGCGCGCGCCAGCAUGCCCCGAUGUCACUGAGCAAAGACAACAGCAGCAGGAGGGUUGUACUAGUACUACUAACUUCUUUUUUUUUUACUAUUUUUUGUUUUGUUGUUGUUUUUUUUUUUUUUAAUGGAAAGGAGGAAAAUACCAAUCUGAAUUUCUCCAGAGCAGCCCAUUCCUUUUUCAUUUCAGCCCCUUAAUCUCUGUAAUGCAAUCAUGUUGUCACUGUAAAACAGACAAGCAAAAACAAAGGGAACAGCUUAUAGAAACUGCCUAACAAGCCAGAAGGGAGCCAACCACUGCAGACUGCUCACACAGGCUUUAGUCAGUCUGACUGCAAUGCCUGGAUUGUCCAGAAACAUGUAGCUGAGGCCCCAUAGCUACUUUAGUCUUCACCAUCAGUAGGUUUUUGAGUUGUUUAUAUUUUUUAUUAAGAGAAGGCCCAUUCUCCCCCACUGGUUUUGGUGUGUGAGCGUGUGUGUAUGUGCGUGUGUGUGUGUGUAACUUCUUGGCCUGAUGUGCGGGUCUGCACCACAGCUGGAGAAGUUGGUGAUAGGACUUAGUUUGUAUUGCAUGGAGUAGAACAAAGCCAAUCUAAUCAGCUAUCAUUGUACUAGACGGUUAUUCUCUCGUACCUUGUUUUAAAUACCUUUUCUCCUCUGGAAGCAAGUGCCCCAGAAUGGGGGUGAAGGCACAUGUGUGUUCCCCCUCAACCUGCCAAGAUUUACAGUGCUGAGUUCUCAUGUUCUUUCUCUGUAAGAGUCAAGGCUGUUUCCCUCCUUCCUGCCAUGUCAGGGCAAAAGGGAGCAUGUAUCUGCAGCCAGGCAUAACUCCUGUGUACUUUAUUCUGGGUCAAAACAAUAAUUGGAAAGGUGCAUUGUAAUGUAAGAAUUGUUUUAUUUAUUGAAAUGUCUGAGGCUAUCUCAAAUACUGACCACAGCACCUGGGAAGUCUGCUUUGGGUCUUCUUUGAACACCUGUUACCCAGAUGUCCUUGGUUGGAUGCUAACACUAUGUACAGCACACAUGCUUAGCAGGACAGCCUGCCACAUCACCCUGCAGCUGCUCUUUAGGGAGUGAGGUGGUUCUCUAUGAAUGCACUGAAGGAGAGGACAAUAAACCGUACCAGGUCAUUGGUGCGAGCAGGAAGCUGUUGCAGCUGUUGCUAUGGAUGCGUUCUGCUGUACUGCAUCUGCCUCUGCUUGCCUGCUGGCUGCUCUGCUUCUGCCACGUUAACAGCCAGGGGUGGGCCUACAGUCCCAUUCGUGUGGGGAGUGCCACUGGUUCCCCUUUAGGUUUUUGUUAUGCACUAUUUGGUGCUUGCCUUAGUUUUCUGCAGUAACUGGCACUAUUAGCAGAGCUGGAGUUGCUCGGUGGCAGCUCCUCCCCGUUCCCCUCCUUUCUGUUCAUUGCCGCACAUCCCCCUUGGGGUCUUUCAAGUGCAGAGAUGGGGUAAGAGCCAGAGGUCUGCGCAGAGGCACGGCAGAACUGGGGUGUUGCCCCAGUUGAGAUGGGAGGCCGCAGCAGCAGCAUGCUACCCCUAUAGGAGAGCCACAUUCUGAGGGCUCGCAGCAUACAAAAGGCUGUAGGCAAGUAGGUGGGGUGGUCCAUUCCCUGUUCACCUACUCCCAUCAGAGCAGGCUGUGCUUUUUAAGAACCUGUCAGGUAGAAAAGAGCUGUCAAUACUCAGCUGCCUUCUGCUGGAAAAACAGUUGUGUUGCUAGUUUGCAGCAUGCAGGGAGAAGCAGCAAACCUCACUCGUGCUCCCCAGCAGUGCAGUAAUCUCUUCCAACAUGCUCCCUGCCCCCCUCCAGGUAGCCCCUCUGCUGCCUUCACAGAAGCAGCAAGUGCUCCAUCCAGACAGAAAGGUGCUGUCUCUGAUCUAGCAUUCGUUCUAUCUGCUUGACUGUUCCCUCGCACACUGUCCAAACCAUGUUGCCUGGUGGUGCCCAGCAUACUUAAAUAAAGUCAUUCAUAUACAA